AUGGCCGUCAGGCGUGUGACUCUCCCGCACCCGUGGCGUUGCCAGAGCAGGUUUUUCUCAACAGAGCUGGGAACUCGAGCGGAGGCACGGAAAGUGAAUUCACGGGGGAAAAACUUCACGCUGGACCCCGUGGAAAUGGAGCCCGUCUUUGCCGUAGCCCGUCUUGCCCACACGCCCGAAGCGGGAGACCUGUGCACGUCAGAUGCAGGGCCGCGAAAAAGUGGUUUAGUGAGCAGUGACGCGAAGGUGUCGUGUAGCGAAGGCGAGACAAACAAGCUGGCACAGGUGGCGUUAGCGGCGGAGGAUGAGGAGCCACUUGCGAGAAAUUUACACAACACGAUAGGGCAUACGCCGUAUCGUGUUUCUUGGUACGACUAUGGCGCGGUGAGUCCUGCCAAGCGGUUUACCUACUGGGCCUAUCGCCGUCUACGCGAGUUGCCGCCGGAUUGGCAGGAGUAUUAUCGCCGCAUGCUGUAUCAAGAGGUUGCCGCGGCGCGUUACGUCAAUCAAACCUGGGACUGUUUUAUGAUGGUAGUGGACGGCUACCGAAAGGCAAAGUGGGUGCUUAAGAAGUACGGCGUUCCCAUCGACGAGAGUCUUAUUCCGAGACCGUACAACAACUUUUGGGAAGAGACAACGCACGAGGAGCGGGUGUGGGCGCAUCGACGCUCGCACCAGAUGAAGGAGCUGCAGGCGCUGCACCGAGACGAGGACGAGCUUGUCUUUGGCGCCCAUUCGAUGGACCGCCGCGAGCUCUCGUAUGGGUGCAUAAAAAAUCUCCAAACAGGCAUGCAGGGGGGAACCCCGGUACACGCGCAUGAUCUACCAGCCCCCUGCGAGGCGGACGUCAGGACCUCGCCGCACACCGACGAAAUGAGCAGCGCCCUCAUGUCUAGCAUAGAGGACGACAAACUCUGGAAUCCGGUGUUGCGCUCGCGCCUGCACACGCAGCGUUCGAGGGCAGAGGCUGAGUUGUACUCGUUUGAGGACGAUGAGGAGGAGGAGGCAGCCACGCGUUGA